CUGUGAGAGCGCGUGUGUCCGCAGCGGGCGGCGUGGGCUUCUCCGAGUGUGGUGCUGUUGGCGAUCGGGCGUGCGUCUGAGUGGGGUGCUGUUUGCGCGGUUUGGGUGUGUGGGUUUGGGUUCUUGGUGGCUCUUCUGCGUUUUCUUUGUCGCACAUAAUUACGUUAGUUUGGCUUCUGGACACGGGUCUUGGUCUGUGUGUGGGCUGUGCGGCCUUUGAGAUUGUGUCUGGGUGGUUCCGUUGUUGUGUGGGGCGUGUGUGAUCUCGACUAGGUGGAGUUGUGUGUCCGCGAGCGAUUGCGUUGGACUGAUUUCGUUGUGUCGUAGUGGACAAUGAACGGGCCCGACCAUGUCGGUUUGUGGGGCAGAAUGGGGCUGUGUUUCCCUGCCAUGGGGCUGGACAGUGUGUGGUCCUGUCUCACCACAGGACUGGAUUGUAUGACUGUGUGCUUGUGUCCUUUAGAUGUGCAUUUGCACACCGCUGGCCGGUAGCAGGGAACGCGCGAGGGAGAUGAAGGCGCUAGUUGAGGGGGCUGACUGGGAGCGGGGACAAGGAUUUCACACUUUAUUCCAAAUUACGAGGUAUUCGGAAGCCACUGUUGGCUUGGAUGGAGAGCCAGAGCCGGAUCGGUGGCUGCUCUGACUGGAGGCCAGUCUGUGCCUCGGUGUUUCGGGGAUUUGCUAAUGCGUGGGAGGCUCUUCCAGGCUCCAAGCUGAGCAGCGCUCGCCGAGGCCCGCGCCUCCCAGCCGGUAGCCGCCGGCUUGGGUCCCUGCCGUACUCAGGCGGUUUGUCCAUUUCUGGUCAGUCUCGCGGGUACGACCGCUGGGCUCCGCGGUAGACGCCCGGAAAAGACAAUGGGCGCAUUCUCCAAGCCUCGAGCCUCGGGUGGGGGCCCUCGGGAUCACCUCCAAGGAACACUUUUCCACCCCUCCCCGACCGCCCAGGACCACGCCGCGGCCUAACUGCCGGUGUCUCGGCGAGACCCGGGGAAGCAAAGACCCGCGUCCGCGCCCUGGACCUCGGCUCCGGCCCGUGUCCAGCGGCGGCGUGGAGAUCCUGUUCAGAGGGGUCGGCCUCUCUAAAUAUGCCCCAGGAUGACGGAGCAGCCGCCCAGCGAGGCGGCACGCAGUGACCCCCCGCUAGAGGGACGGGAGGCGGCCGAGGCCCGCAUGGCCCCCCCGCACCUGGUCCUGCUGAACGGCGUCGCCAAGGAGACUAGCCGCGCUACCCCAGCUGAGCCCCCGGUGAUCGAGCUGGGAGCGCGCGGUGGCCCGGGGGGCGGCCCCGCGGGUGGGGGCGGCGCCGUGCGAGACUUAAAGGGCCGCGACGCCGCAGCGGCCGAAGCGCGCCCCCGGGUGCCGACCACCGAGCUGUGCAGACCUCCUGGGCCCGCCCCGGCGCCCGCGCCCGCUCCGGCACCGACAGAGCUGACCGGGGACGGCCGGAUGGUGCAGUUGAGCCCGCCCGCGCUGGCGGCCCCGGCCGCCCCCGGCCGCACGCUGCUCUACAGCCUGAGCCAGCCGCUGGCGACACUCGGCAGUGGGUUCUUUGGGGAACCAGAUGCCUUCUCUAUGUUUGCCACCAAUAACCGAGUGAAGAGGAGACCCUCCCCUUAUGAGAUGGAGAUUACUGAUGGUCCCCAUACCAAAGUCGUAAGGCGCAUCUUCACCAACAGCCGGGAGCGAUGGCGGCAGCAGAAUGUGAAUGGGGCCUUUGCUGAGCUUCGCAAGCUGAUUCCCACGCACCCCCCAGACAAGAAGCUCAGCAAGAAUGAGAUCCUCCGCCUGGCCAUGAAGUACAUCAACUUCUUGGCCAAGCUGCUCAAUGACCAGGAGGAAGAGGGCACCCAGCGGGCCAAGCCUGGCAAGGACCCCGUGGUGGGGGCUGGUGGAGGGGGUGGGGGAGGAGGGGGUGGUGCACCUCCAGACGACCUUCUGCAGGAUGUGCUGUCCCCCAACUCCAGCUGUGGCAGCUCCCUGGAUGGGGCAGCCAGCCCGGACAGCUACACAGAAGAGCCUGCACCCAAGCACACAGCCCGCAGCCUCCAUCCUGCCAUGCUGCCCGCCACUGAUGGAGCUGGCCCUCGGUGAUGGGUCUGGGGCCAUCCUGGGCCAGCCAGGAAGGUGCCCUCAGGCCGCUGGAACUGUGGGCUUCAGGGAAGGUGGGUGAAGAUUAGGCAGCUCUGAAGUAGGGCAAUGGACUUGAUGAGCUUUCCUUGAUGCCUGAACUUUGGGAAGCCCAAGCUGUCCUGGGGCUGGCUUUUUCAUUUCCUGCCUCAGUAGGAGAACAGAAAAAUGGAGCAAAGUGGUAGGUACUUUUUAUGAAGACGGCACAGUCUUCUCCCUUCCCCAAAUCCUAAGACUUCUAAAGUAAGAGGCUUGAGCAGCACUGCUUUUGGCCUGGAGCUUGGAAGCCCUCCCUGUCUUUCCUGAGACCUGGGGUUGUCAGCUCUCACCUGAGGUAUUCAGCAGCCUCUGCCUUGCCUUUAGCCCCUCCCAAGCUGGCUGGGUGGCUUUUGUGGCCACACUGUCCAAAUAUAUAGGUACCCAAUAGCUGCCCAUUUCUUGAGCCCCAUCUUCACCCAGGCCCAUGUUGGUCCAUCCAGCUUGCCAACUGCUGCAGAGUCACAGCCUCAAGGUGCCUUCUUCAGGGCCUGGUUGAAGAAGAUGGCCAGUGGACCACCUGCUCCCGGCUAGCUGGGCCAGAGGGUCAGAAAACCAAGUAGCCCUUACUUCUUGCCCUGGGGAUUGAAGCUUUACUUUCUCCCCACUGAAACCUGCCUUCCCAAUUUUUGCAGCUGUGGGAACCAAGUCUGCAGCUGUAGGCUUGCCCUUUGGGCUUUGUGUGAUGGGCAGAGAGAGGAAAUGUGAUUAGAUGAAAUUGAGCAAGGGUCAACUUCAUCCAAUUUCAUCCAAUUGCUAUUUGGGGCACAUGGGCUUCGAAGGCCAGUCAUGUCUCAGAGCUACUUGCUUCUGUUCUCAGCUACACAUCCCUGUUCCUGUGGUGAGCAAAUGCCAGUGUGCUGGUGGGCAUGUGCUGGUGCUGACAGUAGAUGGGAGCCCAGUCUGUGCAUUCUCCAAGAUGCUCAGAGGAACCUCCCUGCUGCAGGAUGUCUGUUAGCUAAUGGUCCUGGUUGGUGUUCUAAACCAAAAUGAGCACAAACUGUCCUAGAAAUUCCUGGCAUUUUUUUUUCCUGGCACUUGGGACUUUUUCCGACUUCAGUGAUUGGUGAGGUCUUUAGGUCUUGAUACCACCCAGGAGCUAGUCUCACUUCUAGGACACGGGGAAUCCAGUCCAAAUCCAGGCCUUAUCUGGGACUCAAACAUAUGCACAUUCACGUAGCAGAAUCUUAAACACCCCUCGACUGUGUCACUUUCAGUCAUCACUGGGUGUAUGUGGGAGACUGGCUUAAUGCAAUAGGAGUGCCCCCCUCCAAAAGUUGUACAUGACAUUUUUGUAAAUCAAAUCUUUAUCCUUCAUCUUUUAAAGAAAUACUACCGUGAGUCUUUUUGUAAGUGAAGAAUCCUUUUGUAGAGUGGACCACUGCCCCCUCCUUGACCUUCUGUGUCAAUCCAAGUGAUGGGACGUGGUUUUCUUAAGGUGAGGCCUGCCUGUGACCUGCAUUUCAAGCUCAUGGAACCAACUGCGCACAAAUCCUGCAUACCCGUCAUUGUACCCUCAAGUCACCCCAGCCACCCCCAACCAGGCUCUGCCUUUGAGGUCAGAGGGGAAUGAUCCGAUGGCUCUGCCCUACCCAUGGUGGUGUGGAGGAACCAGCACUGCAGCUGUUGGGAAAGGUCCCACAUGUUUUGGGUUUCAGCUCAGGUCUGGCCCUCAGCGUGAGGGGGCCUCGAGUGCAGCCUCAUACUGCCAUGUGAUCCCUGCCCCCACUCCCUCUCCUUUUAGUUGUGAGGUCCAGUGCGUGGGGAUGGGAGCACCAUGGUUAACCCUGUAGCACUCUCACUGUCUGUCCCAUGUCAGCCCCCCAAAAUCGUAUUUUAGUGAAUAUUAGGAAUGGUUCCUUUCUGGUACUUGGAAGCUCCUGUGAGGAAUCCCAUCUGCCUAAAGACAGAGCGCCUGUCCUAAGGCUGUGCGUGCUUCCCGGUGGAUUAUUCUGACUUGGGGCCGCAGUGUGGACGGGUGCAUGGGUUUUAGGAGAUGGAUCACACAUUCUACCAGGAGCUCAACACCUGGCUCCCUCUUCUCUCAGAUUCCCAGGGUGGCCUGGACAAGUUGUCUCUUUCAGUGCCAAUUUCUGGUCCAUACCCUGGCUUGCCUGUCUCCUAGGGCUCUGGUGGGGGCUGGUUGGAACCAUGAUAGUAGAAUUCUGAUACCAUAAAGAACCCUGCUGCCUACAACAGCAAUCCUGCAGUGGGGUUUCCCACCCUGAGUCCAGAAGCUAGGCAGUGGGCAAGUCUACCUGACUACUCAGCUUUGGGUGAUUUAGGUUCUAAACCAUUUUUACCUAAGUUACUGUAUCUAGAUUGUUCUUAUUUCUUCAUGAUUGACUUCAUUUCUUUCUCAUUCCAAGGCAAGGUACAAGAGCAAGAAUGGAUAAGAGAUAUGGGCACAUGGACAGAGUAUGCAAAAUGUAAUGCAACUACCUAAAAUGGGCCUGGAUAGGGAGACACAAAGCUUCAGGUCUUUGUAAGAACUAGAGAAGAUCCAUAUUUUAUUUUCAUUUCCCACCUGCACCCCCCCAUACCCUUCUGUUUCCUCUGCCUCCUCCUCACGCAUGAAGAAAGGGCAACAUUCCAAGAAUAAUAUCUGUACUAAAGGGAAAACAUGAAAAGGUAAAAAAAACAAAACAUGAGAACAAAAAUGGAGGGACUCCCAUCUUUUAAGAAAAAUUUAUAUUCUUUUAUUUGUAGUGGCAAAUGACAAGAUGGUACAACCUUUAUCCUUUUUCCAAAAACAAAACCAAGGGCACAGAGUCUGUAGUCAGUCGACAACUAUCUCGGCCUUUGGGGGUGGUCUGGUCGUACUUGUGAUGUCAAUGGUACGUGGCCCCCCGCCGAAGGCUUGCCCCUGCCCAUGUACAUAGCGCAGUGCUCCUGUGGGCGGGCCCAGCACUUUCCGUCAAUGUUGUACUGUACGUGAUGAAUUGAUGAAUUAUGUUGGUCUCCGCGUUUUUCUGCAGAAGAGGAGUAACCGCUCCAGGUACCUGACCUUUGUACUGCCCAGAGGCCAACACUGUGGGCGUGUGACUCUUUAGUGACAAAACCCAUAUGGUGAUGAUGUGUGUAUAUAUAUAAGGAUAUAUUGGGAAGAUUUCUAAAUAAAAGUUUUACA